CGAUGUCUGGGACUGGGAGAGUAUAAGGUUCUGAGGUUGGACAGCUCCAGCUCCAGGCAGCAGUUUUCGAUUACACCGUUUUUUCCUUUUGUGGAAGAGAGAGAGGAGAUAAAUUGCCAGGCUCCACAUUGAAGCAGUCAUUCAACAACAGAUCUAACCAUGGAGUUCAGAAGAACCUGUUUGGUUUUUGGAAUACUCCUCCUGGUGAAUUGCUCAUUCCAGCAGGCUUUCCCUAUGAAGAAAACAGUUAAAAAAGGUAGGUGGUGGGUUGAGAAUAUAUUAUUUACGCCCAAUGUUGAAAUUGCUUUUAAUCAAUCAUUUUGAAUCUGAGAGAAAUUACAUUUUUGUUACAAACAGCUCUCAUUGUUCAGAGGAUUAACUGUAUUUUGAGUCAAAUGUGAUUUUAUGAGUCUUGCCAGAACAUUGCCUGCAAUACACAUCAAUAAUUUAAAGCAACACAUCUGGCAUUGCCAUCUUACUGGAGCAGGAGCCUAGUGCUCAAACUUUCUGUAAUCUUUAAUUGAGUCCAUCCUGUUUUCCCCCCGUUUCUGUUCUGUGGUGCUCCAGAUGAAGGCAAAGAUGCAGCCAUAGAGAAGCUGCAGAAGCAGAUCAAUGACAUUGUUCAGGAUCUAAAUAUUAUGAAGGAGCAACAGGCUUUGCAGUCAGGUAAGAUUCUUUGGACAUAAAUAACAGUAUCUGUUUCUGUUCGAACACUUCUAAAGGCACUCUGACACUACAAUUUUCUCUUGGCUCCUCAGUUUGUUUGAAAGGGGUCAAGGUUCAUGGCAAGUGUUUCCUGGCUGAGCCUCUGAAGAAAAGCUACCACACAGCCUUUGACGACUGCAUUGCCCUGGGAGGUGUACUCAGUACCCCCUUGUCCAAGGACCAGAACGACCAACUCAGCGACUACAUCCACCUGAGCAUCGGCCCAGACGAGCAGAUCUGGCUGGGCAUCAGCGACAUGGUGACUGAGGGCAACUGGAUGGACCAGGCGGGCAACAGCAUCCUCUACAAGAACUGGGAUUCUGAAUCCAGAUCCCCAAAGACAGAUCGUUCCAAGAACUGUGCCAUCCUCUCAGAGGCCACUGGUGGGAAAUGGUUGGACAAGAACUGUCGUGAGGAGAAGGCCUCUGUCUGCGAGUUCAACAUAGUCUGAGGCAUGCCAUUUGUUAGCUGCAUUUCCCAUGCUUUAAUUAUAUUUUAUGUUCGCUACCAUGCAUUCUUUUCUACAAUGUACGCUUUGGUUUUAAAUUCAACCCCUGAAAAUGUCUAUUUUUGACCUUUUGGAACAAGUUACUGACACUUUUCUAGAGCUGAUACCCAGACAAAAAUGUUGGAGAAUUCUUUGUAUAACAUGGUGGUUUCCUGGACACAGAUUAAGGAUUAUCUAGGACUAUGAUUAAUCGGUGUCCAGCGAAACGUCCCAAUGACAAUAACACAUUUUCAUGUGAAUUUGCACAUUAUUUUGUACAAGUAUGAGAUCCUUACGUUACCAUCUAGAGCUAUGGUAGUUAAUCUGAUGCUUUCCUAUCUAAUUUACAACAAUUAUUUCAGAGAGCUAGCCUUUGAAUACUUGUUUGUUUUAUCACAAAAUGUCUAGCCUGAUAUUAACUGAACAAAUAUAA